UUGCUGCAUCAAACCAAACGCUUUGAUGCUGGGCGUGCCGCCUAGCAGCCCACGGUCGUCGGAAUGUGCUUCGCGGAGCCUGGGUCCCCUGGCCCAUUUCCUGUAUGUUUGUUUGUCUGCCAGCGUGUGGUGCGGAGAGGGUGGCGGAUCAAUCAAUCAAUCGCAAUUCAAUCAGCGCCAGGCCGCAUGGAGGCACGUCUGCACGCCCAGCGAGCGUCCUGCUUGCUGGCUGUAGCUUGAUGGCGCAUGCCAUCCAUGGCCAUCCACGUCCCAUAUACGGAGUGCGACGUACAGACCCUAGACACACAGACGACUGAUACUCCGUAUGAAGCCGUAGGAUUGCUGCUAGUCGCGUGUACUGAGGCAAUAGACUACAUGUACUCCGUAGCGCCCACAGUCCUUCGUAACCCGUUGCUGCUCGCGCUCGACGCUCACUCGCCAGCCCAGGCUCUCCUCUGCAUGUCAGUUGCCGGCCACAUCUUGGGAUCGCAGGCGAGGAGGGGCUGGUGGCGUCGCCUUCGCUGGCAGACUGGCCGGUCCGGGUGGGCCCCUCUGGUUGAGUUUGACAACGAAUAACUCCAUAAUUAUAGAUGAUGCUACUACGGAGUCGUCGUAGCGAAAAUGGCCGACGGGGUCACCAGACUAGGGACUGAUGAGUUGGUGACGGGUCAAACGGGCCAAACGAG